AUGGAAGGGUUAACAGAGUUUGUGUCAAAAUCUUUUGUCAAAGACAGUUUACCAAAUUUCAAAGAGUCAACCCCGUCGUAUCCCUGUAAAAUGGAGGCUGGUUUUGAUCCCCCGUCCGAACCGACGGAUCUAAGGAUACGCAAGAGAAGUGAAAGUCCGGAAACCAAAACCUCCACAAAUGAGGUGCAAGAGGGACCCCCUCCAACCCCUAAAGUAGAAACCAUAGAGUGUUCAGAUGAUUCGGAUAAUGAGUCCUCCGUCAUUGAGAGAAAUAGUGUAUCAGAUGAAGGUAAGGACCACCCAAAACUGAAGCAAAGACGGAGUCGUACAAACUUCACGUUAGAGCAGCUGAAUGAGUUAGAGAGAUUGUUUGAUGAGACGCACUAUCCUGACGCCUUUAUGAGAGAGGAACUCAGUCAAAGAUUGGGAUUGUCAGAAGCCAGAGUUCAAGUAUGGUUUCAGAACAGAAGAGCAAAGUGCAGGAAACAAGAAAGUCAGAUGCAGAAAGCUGGGUUACUUAUUCAAGCUCAAGGAACGCCAUUGGAUGCUUGCAGAAUGACGCCAUUUGUUACCAUGCCUCCGAUGCGCGAACCGAUAGAACGCUUACCGCCAAUAUCGCCAUUCCUACCCUAUUACCCGAUCCCCAGCCCCGGGGGCCAUGCCCCACAGACCCUUCACCCUUUACUUCUGUACCACCAUCACUAUGCGGCCGCCUUGAAUUACGCCUCCUUGCAUGACACCAGCUUUAAAUCGAACAAAAAUUCCAGCAUUGCGGAUCUUAGAAUGAAGGCAAGACAGCACCUAGCUUCACUUGGAAUCUGA